UGCAUGUGUAGAGACUACACAACACUUCAUCUGAACUAUAAAACUUUGCUUAACCGAAGGAUCCUGUUUCAGUUGUUCUGUACACUGACAAUGGCCAGAAGACAUCUGAUGUUGUGGAUCUUGGCUCUGUGUCUUUCACUUGAUCCCACAGUCGGUCACAUUCCUGAACUAGAUGGAACAAAGGUGUAUGAGAUUGUCCGACCAAUCAGAUUACAUGCACUACAAAAAAGAGACUCAAAGUCAAGACCUGACACAGUGAAAUACGCUAUGACGCUGGGUGGUAGAGACAUUGAAAUGCACCUCCAGAAAAAUGAUGGCCUACUGACGAAAGACUAUAGCGAAACGUUUUACACUGAAGAUGGGAUGCUUGUCACGACCACACCUGAGGAUCUGGAUUUAUGCUAUUAUCAAGGGAAAAUAGUCAAUGACAGCAAGUCAUCGGUCAGCAUGAGCACCUGUGAUGGAUUACGAGGCUAUUUCAAAACAGAGGAGCAGAGGUUUCUGAUUGAGCCGUUGUCUGAGGAUGGUGAUGGUGACCAUGCUGUCUUUAAGUAUGGAGAUGUAAAUGAAGAGACGCCUAGAGUGUGUGGAGUCACCAACACUACUUGGGACGAGAGAGAGGAAGGCGCUCCUCCACGCAUUCUCCCAAGUCGUUCUCGUUCCUCAGGGCCAACUUUGUUCCAGCAACAAAAAUACAUCGAGCUCUUCCUUGUGGCAGACAACCGCGAAUACAAGAAAAUGGACAGCGAUCUUCAGAAGUUAAGAAAGAGGAUAUUUGAGAUCAUCAAUUACAUCAAUAAUGCAUAUAAAGAAAUCAACACAUUCAUCGCUCUGACUGGAUUUGAGGUCUGGACAGAUAGCGAUAAGAUAACGGUUUCUUCUGUUGCUGGAACAACUUUAGACAGCUUUACCCAGUGGAGGAACAGUGAACUCGUAACGAGACAGCAGCACGACAACGCUCAGCUCCUUAGUGCAAUCGACUUUGAUGGAGCAACUGUGGGUCUAGCUUACAUUGGAACUCUGUGUGGAGGUCUUUCAACAGGGAUUGUGCAGGAUCACAACUCUAACGCUAUAGCAGUGGGGGCUACUAUGGCCCAUGAGAUGGGGCACAAUCUGGGCAUGAGUCAUGACAGCAGCAGCUGCGUUUGUUCUGAUGGCACGUGUAUUAUGACAGCUGCUCUCAGCUAUUUCAUCCCUCAACACUUCAGCAGCUGCAGUACUAGUAGCUAUACAGACUUCCUGAACAACAGAGUCCCACAAUGUCUUAUGAACAUGCCCAAACCAAAGGAACUGAUUCAGCCACCUGUAUGUGGAAAUGGAUUUGUGGAGAUAGGAGAACAAUGUGACUGUGGAACAGUGCAGGAGUGUACAAACCCAUGCUGCAAUGCCACCACCUGCAAAUUAACAGAGGGCUCACAAUGUGCAACUGGGGAUUGUUGUGAGAAUUGUAAGAUCAUGUCAGCCGCACAUGUGUGUCGUCCGAAAAACGAUGACUGUGAUUUGCCCGAGUCAUGCACUGGAAAAUCAGCCAUGUGUCCUGAAGAUGUCUUUACAGUCAAUGGAAUCCCUUGCAGUAAUGGGAAAGGCUAUUGCUACAAUGGCCAGUGCCCACAGAGAGAGGAGCAGUGCAUUAAAAUGUGGGGUCCAACUGCUGUGCUGGCUCGAGAAUAUUGCUAUAACCAGAACACAAGAGCGGAAUACUACGCCUACUGCAAACGCAUUGGCAAUACAUAUAUUGGAUGCCAAAAACAAGAUGUGAUGUGUGGAAAACUGUUCUGUGAAGGCGGAAAUGGAAAUCCCAAUUAUGGACGGCUAGUACAAUUCAGCACUUGUAAAGCCACAUUCUACGGCGAUGCUAACAGCGAUUAUGGUCAAGUCGAUACUGGCACCAAAUGUGGGGAAGGAAUGGUUUGUAACCAGAACGAGUGUGUUGACCUAGAGAUAGCUUACAAAGCAACAAACUGCUCUGCCAAGUGCAGAGGACAUGCGGUUUGUGACCACAGAAAGGAGUGCAGAUGUGAAUCUGGAUGGCUGCCUCCAGAUUGUGUAACACAAGCAGGAAGUGAAGGUUCUUCUAAAGGUGUGACAAUAGCCAUUAUCGUGGUUGUCUGUAUCCUGAUUGGGAUACUUCUAAUUGGACUCUCCAUCUUCUUUUGGAAGCGCAAAAAGAGCACGCCACAUUCAUUUGGCCAUCAAAGGCAGCAGAAAGUUCAUGUUGUGGACAUCCCUGACAACAGCCAUAAGUCGAUACCAACUCCGGCAAUAAGACCUUCAGCACCUCCUCCACCUCCACCCUCUUCAGAUAAAUCCAGAGCUCUGCAUAAUGACUUCAUCAGUGCACGACAGGCCCUUAGACCACCUCCUCCAAGGGUGUGAUGUCUAGCACCUGUCAAACCUCAAGAAGUGAACACACUCCAGCACACUCCAGAGCCUGCAGACUGGAUAGUGUGUUACCAGCCUGAGGCUUGGGAAACUUUUCAAGAGAAAAAAUAAGCCACAUGCUUUGCAGAAAUAUGAGACCAACACACCUAAAUGAAUUUUACAGCACAUAAAAGAUUUUCCUUAAAUGACAAGAGGAAUUUUUUUUGUUUUUAACCGAAAAUUAGAUUUUUAAAUUUCACUUUAUUUAUUUGUACAGUCUGUUCCUUUAGAAUUGAGCCUACCUUCUGUAUAGUGAAGAUUUUUAUGAUUUUCAGUCAUCAAAAAUAGUCGACUCACUUCCACAGAAAACUCACAUUAGAAAACUGACUUUCUAAAGUUUAUAAAAUUUCACACCCUCUGUAAAUUCACCAUCUCUGUUAGAUUUGAUUCUUUUCUAGUUUUUCAUUGCAAUGUCAAUGUCUUUUUUUAUGCAUAAAAAAUUUGAUUUUAAAUGCUUUAAAAAAUUUUACAUUACUACUUUUUCGUUUUCUAUUCAUGAAAAUGUAUUUUGUAAAAUGCAAUGUAAAUGUAUAUAUUUGCGUGUUGAAUUGCAUUUAGAUUAUUGUUUUUUUAACCAACUGAUUAAAAAUCAAGAAAAUAUGACCAAACUUGAGGUCCACUGUAGUUCAGUUUUUAUUCGUCUUCUUAACUGAUACAUCUACAUAAUAUCAAGAAAUUUAUGGUACCCUCGUGUUACAAGUUCUUGAUAAAAUGGUUGUUCAAUUAAAUCCCCAUAUUGUAUUUUUAAUGAUGCUAUAUCGGAACAUAAACACUCUCUGAGUAUGAAGGCCUAAUACUCAACAUUUCAACUCUUGCAAACUUAAACUUCCUCAUUCGUCGGUUAGAAGUUCACAUUGCUAGUAUACCAAGACCAGCUCUAACCCUGUUAAACCAUUCUAGGAAAACAUUAGAACUGAUUCCACAUCAGCUGCUUAAUCGCAGUACCUCCAUUGGUAUCAUUUGAAAUGCAUGCAAAUAAAUUUUCCUUUUAGAGUCCACAGACAUACUGCACUGGUUCGAUCCUGCAAAACACACACUUCAGAAAAUGCUGUAUUUUGAAGGUUGCACUGAAAUCACAUUUAUUUGUCAUAAAAGCUGAAUUCAAACAUCUAAAGAGGAGCACAACAUAUUGGUCAUAUAAUUCGAUUUUGGAAUGAAAAUAAAUCCGUCUUGGGUGAAGAACCAGUCCAGUAUCAAAAAAAAA